AUGGAUCGACAUACUGAUGCAACAGCAUGGUCACGACCCACGGGAACUCAUCCCCCCGGUUGCAUCUCUAUUCUCUACCUAAUGAGCCGAGCUCUACUCCCGCUCACCCUCGUGUCGCAUCGCUUCUACGCUCUCAUCCUGCGCAUCCUCCACUACCGUCUUCUGGUCGCGGCAUCCGUGAAAGAAUACAAGUUGAUGCUGGAAUGCUUCCAUCCGAGCUCGAGACUCACCGAACCGCAUGUCUUCUGCAGCUAUCUCGGGACCGACGGGUUGACCGACAAGCACGAAGGCCACGGCUCCCUGUUCGAGCACUGCACGGAAGCUGAACGUCUUGGAAGACUCACAUCACUGUACUCGCGAUUUCGUCCAGAGCCCAGCACAGAAGAGGUUUCACCGCAACCGCGAACCAGGCGACCGCCGACCGGUGCUGUCAUUGGACCUGACGGCACCCCUGCUGAUACAGACGGAGACGUGGCUGAAGAAAGCGCAAACGUGCCUGAAGAAGGCGUCCAGUUUGUCACACGGCCUGUCAGUCUCGACAGGUUUGAAGAUUUCUCUCAGCUGUGUGUUGUCGUGAACCUGGUGAAAGUGGUUCCGGGCACCACCCGACUGCUCAGCGCGGUGACUAUCGAAGACGGCAUCAUCCGAAUAUGGAGAGACUGGCUUAAGGAACAGGCCAAGUCGGGAUUCGACGCGGUGGCACAGAGUCAGGCAGCGUUGCAGGAGGGUGAUCCGGAAGCCGAACGAGGGACAGCUUCCACGUCCAACGGAGAAGACAAGCGGAUCCUCUGGGUAGACGGGAAGAAAAAUGUCGGAUUAAAGCUUCGCGUCAAGGAAAAGAAAUGGAACCGGAAUGCACCAGUUCUGGUGCACCGCGACGAAGAUCAUGCAGUCAGUUACGUGGUGGAAAUUGAAGAGGUGCACAUUCGCACUACUCGUCUCUUAUUGACGGUCGAGCAAUCACUAGAAGAACAGCAAUAUUACCCCAAGGCUGUGAUUUUCGGGGCGUACCGUGGGGCAGCAAUGGCAAUGGGCUAG